CUCUUUUCCUUGCUGUUUUAUUUUUGGUUCGGCCCCCUUCACAAAAUCCCAACAAGCACCAUGACCAACAACAAUGCAAUAUCCAUACUGAUGAUAGCAACGACACUGACGGCAGUGUUUAUUACUAUGGCUACUGCCGACAAAGAUAGUAGCAACAGCAACCACAACCUCGCCGAUGAUGCCCUGGAUUCGGUCGUGUCACUCUUGUUAUCCACCUUUUCGUCUGUGCGCAGCUUGUUUUCUAAGGGCACCUAUCUUGCACUCUCACCAGCCCGCUUGACCUACAAGAGUAUGACCUGGCUGAUUCACCAAAGCAUUGUCGGCAUGACCCACUUGACAUCGUACCCUGUCGUGUCAUUCCUACUUGCUGCCAUUGCCUGUGGCGUAAUCAUUGGCGGUUGUGCUGGAUUCGCGGUGGAAGCUUUUUCUUCUAUGCUCCUGUCGGCAACUUGGGGAAAACCUCAACUCGCUACCACCACAACAUGCGAUACUGACGACGACAAAGAACAAGAAGAACAACAAGUAGAAGAAGAAGAAAUCGUGGUGACCGAGUUGGGUGCUCGACGACGGCAACGACAGCAGCAGCAGCAGCAGCAACGGCUUAUUUACAAGAACAAGAAUUACCGAGUCGACAAUGACAGCGAAGAAGACGACAACAACUAUUCUGAUAUUAACAACGACAAUGGCAACGACGACGACGAAAAGACAGACCUUAUGCAUGAUAUAUUAAAGCGUCAUUUGGCCGCUGUAUCUCACGAACAGCAACAGCAAGGCAACUUGAGGCGGCGAAUGGCUGCUGCUUCUUAAAAAACUUUCAUGUGCAAUUGAUAAACUCGCUCUCUCGCAAAUUGCUGUGCACGAGCCACACAUCGCGCCUUCAGGAAUGCCACCAAUAGCACCAACACAUACAUGCAUGAAAACCUUACUCAUAUUAUACUUUGAUGCAAUAUACCUUUAUAAUCACAUAUUAUUUAUACAUUGUAGCAGUAUGGCCUGGUAUUCAUACAUAGUUAAUACUGCACAAACACGUUGUCUCCUCCUCUAUGUACAUCCUCGUCAACCUUUUACCAAUUUAUAUUUCGCCAUUCUCCCAAUUUUGAAAAUUCAGACUUAGCAGUAUAUAUUUACAAACGAAAGAAACGAGGAUAGUAACUGAAAAAUGAGAAACU